UUGCAAAUGAAAUCCUUAGAAUUUUAUUUUAAAGUCGUCACAUGUUCAGACUGACAAAUUCGUCCCUCCCGUGUUACAUAGACUAUCUUGUCAAAAUCGUGCGUUCUAAUCUUUUCGUCAUGUCUUAGUGUAUGAUCAAUAAUAUAUUCAAUUUUUUAUUGCAACUUGGAACUAGCAAUGGCAUCUGAAGAAGUUCUGAAGGCUGUUUUCCCUUUCCUGGACAGUGUUGAUCUUGCUUCUUGCAUGGGUGUUUGUACGCAGUGGAAAGACAUAGCUAGCGAUGAUUUCUUUUGGAAAUGUCUGUGUGCCAAGAGAUGGCCUUCAAUCUGCAAGCGACCCAAUCCUUCAACUUUAACAUACUACAACUUGUACAAAACCUUUCAUAAACGCCAGCAUCACAGAACUCUUCUCCCUCUGAGAAUUUCUUUUGAUGAUUUGGAGUUCUUCAUUGACAUUUGGGCUGAAAACACAUUACUCUUCUCGGAAGUGGUGCCUGGCUCUGUCCUUCAAGCAGGUUUUAAAAUUCCAGCAUCUGGAGGUUGCAACGUGCUCAAAUUUCAAUUGGAAGGUUCUAAAUACAAGAUGACUUUUCCUGUGGAACAUAGGUUCACUAUCCCUUCAGGACAAAACCAGAAUGUUAGUGUCUCUGUGAUGGUUGGGAGAAAGGAUUCAAAUAAGGUUGCUCGCAUAGUAACCAAGUCCACGGUUGAUUGCAUUGUAGUAACCAAGUCCAUGUUUGGUUACAUCGAUCGUUCAUUACAUAGAGCCAUGGGUUUUGAUUACCUAGACAUAUCCCCUUGCUACCCUUUUGUGUCUCGCAUCCGUGCAUGGAUCUCUUUGCUAUUCAUGGAAGAUAAAAAUGAAGAUCUCAUGGAUGUAUUUGCGAUCCAAAUGAAUUUCUGUGAUGUGGCAAAUUCUAAGGAAGAAGUCUUGUGGCUGUUGGACAUGCUUGACUGGAAGUAAAUGUUCAAACAGAGUGUGAUGCCCCAUCAUUACAACAAAAGUAACUGGACAUUGUAAUUUUAUGUUAACUUGUUUGUUGAUAUGGGGUGCAUUACAAAGUUUACAAUCUUAUUAUCAGCAUCUAUAAGUUGCGUAAUUUGGUGUUAAUAUCUCGUGUGUUUUGAGUAUGUAAAUACUCGUGUAAUAUAUUAUCAAUAAAUGCCUUUGUUUAAGCUUGUA